CCGUUUGGCUCUGCCCAUCCAGGCCUCGCCGCUCUCCCCCAGCUCCAAGAGGCACCCGAGGCCAUCAUGGCGACCGGAUGGGGCCAGGCUCACAUCCAGCCGAUGGGCGAGCUGGACAUGGCGAAGUACUGCAAGCUCGACGAGGUCCAGGAGAGCCUCCAGCGCAAGUGCAAGAUCGUCUGCACCAUGGGCCCGAACCAGUCCAGCCCUGAGGCCAUCGUGAGCCUGCUGAAGGCGGGCAUGGACGUCGCGCGCAUGAACUUCUCCCAUGGCGACCAUGAGACCCACGGCGCCAUGGUGGCACGCAUCCGCGAGGCCUCCAAGAUCGCGGGCAAGCCGGUCGCGAUCGCGCUCGACACCAAGGGGCCCGAGAUCCGCACGGGCUUCUUCAAGGAGGGGGGCAAGAUCAAGCUCACCAAGGGGCAGGACCUGAAGCUGGUGACCGACUACGACUUCAAGGGCGACAACACCUGCUUCGCGCUCAGCUACCCGAUGCUGUGCAAGUCGGUCAAGCCCGGCAACAUCAUCCUCUGCGCGGACGGCUCCCUGUCGCUGAAGGUGAAGACGGUCGGCGACGACCACGUCAUCACCGAGGUCAUGAACGACUGUUCCCUGGGCGAGCGCAAGAACUGCAACCUGCCGGGCAUCCAGGUCGAGCUUCCAGUGCUGCAGGAGAAGGACAUCAAUGAUCUCGUGAACUUCGGCAUCCCGCAGGGCGUCGACAUGGUCUUCGCGUCGUUCGUCCAGAGCGCCGCCGACGUGAAGUUCAUCAGGGACACCCUCGGCAUGAGGGGGCGCAGCAUCCACAUCAUUCCGAAGAUCGAGAACGAGGCUGGGGUCGCGAACUUCGACGAGAUCGUUGCCUGCUCCGACGGCAUCAUGGUGGCCCGCGGCGACCUGGGCAUGGAGAUCCCCCCUGAAAAUGUCUUCGUCGCGCAGAAGAUGAUGAUCACCAAGUGCAACCUGGCGGGCAAGCCAGUGAUCACCGCCACGCAGAUGCUGGAGUCCAUGUGCGGGGCUCCGAGGCCGACACGUGCCGAGGCCAGUGACGUGGCCAACGCGGUCCUCGACGGCAGCGACUGCGUCAUGCUGUCGGGUGAGACGGCCGCCGGCGGCUACCCCCUGGAGUCGGUGACUAUCAUGCGCAAGAUCUGCCAGACGACGGAGGGGAUCCUCGACUACGCGGGCAUGUACCUCAGCACCCGCAUGCAGGUGCUGCAGAAGGGGCCCAUGAGCCCCGUGGAGGGCGUGUGCUCCUCCGCCGUGAAGACCGCGAUCGACAGCGACUGCAAGCUCAUCGUCGCGCUCACCGAGACGGGCUCCACCGCGGUGAUGCUGGCCAAGUACCGCCCGAAGGCCCAGAUUCUCGCCAUCACCGCCAGCGAGACCACCCAGCGCCACCUGUACCUCAGCCGCGGCGUCAUCCCGAUGCUGACCGCCUCCUUCGUCGGCACCGACUCCGUCAUCGCCAAGGCGCUGAAGCAGGCGAAAGAGUGGGGCCUCGUCUCGGCGGGGGACUCCGUCGUGGCCGUGCACGGAACCAAGGAGGAGUGCCCAGGCAGCUCGACGCUCAUGAAGAUCCUCACGGUGUCGUGA